AUGCUGUCGCGGUCCUCCCUCAGCCGAAAUGCGCCGCGUGCGCUCUCCGCCGGCCGUCGGGCCAUGGCCUCUGCUGCCAACCCGACCUUCCAGUACGAUGUCUCCGAGGCUGCCGGUGUGAAGGUUGCCAACCGUGAGGUCAAUGGUGCUACUGGCACUCUGGCCCUGGUGGCCAAGGCUGGUUCCCGUUACCAGCCCUUCCCUGGUUUCUCCGAUGCCCUCGAGAAGUUCGCCUUCAAGUCCACACUUAAGCGUUCUGCUUUGCGCAUCACCCGUGAGGUUGAGCUGCUGGGCGGCGAGAUCUCGUCGACACACUCCCGCGAAAACGUUGUCCUCCGCGCCAAGUUCCUCGCCAACGACCUCCCAUACUUCACAGAGCUGCUGGCCGAGGUUGCCAGCCAGACCAAGUUCUCUGACCACGAAUUGAACGAGGUUGUCACUCAGCUCCUCAAGUACCAACAGCAAGCUGUUUACUCCAACUCCGAGACCAUCGCCCUUGAUGCCGCUCACGGCGUUGCUUUCCACCGCGGCCUGGGCUCUCCCAUCACUCCCAGCCAGACCACCCCCUACGAGAAGUACCUCUCCGGCGAUGCCCUGGCUCAGUUCGCCCAGGAUGCCUUCGCCAAGUCCAACGUUGCCCUGGUUGCCACCGGUCCCAACUCCGCUGAUGUCUCCAAGUGGGUCGGCCAGUUCUUCAAGGAUCUCCCUACCGGCACCUCCGCCAACCAGUACAAGGUCCAGCCCUCCGUUGCCUCCAAGUACUUCGGUGGUGAGCAGCGCAUCCCCUCCAAGACCGGCAACGCCGUUGUGAUCGCCUUCCCCGGCUCCAGCGCUUUCGGCACUGCUGGCUACAAGGCUGAGGCUUCCGUUCUGGCUGCUCUCCUGGGCGGCGAGUCCUCCAUCAAGUGGACCCCCGGUUUCUCUCUCCUGUCCAAGGCCACCCAGGGCUUCUCUUUCCUUAAUGUCUCCACCAAGAACCACUCCUACUCGGAUGCUGGUCUCUUCACUGUCACCCUCACCGGUGCCGCUGACCAGAUUGCUACCGCUAGCAAGAACGUUGUUGAUGCUCUCAAGAAGGCUGCUGCCGGUGAGGUCGCCAGCGAGGACAUCAAGAAGGCCGCUGCCCUGGCUAAGUUCCGUGCUCUGGAGUCCGUUCAGACCCUGGAGACUGGUCUUGAGGCCACUGGCUCCGGUCUGGUCCACGGCGGCAAGGCUUACCAGAUUGGUGAGAUUGCUCAGGCCAUUGAGGCUGUCUCUGAGGAGCAGGUCAAGGCGGUUGCCAAGUCCUUCCUCUCUGGUAAGGCCACUCUUGUCAGCGUUGGAGACGUUCACCAGCUCCCAUAUGCUGAGGACAUUGGUCUCUCUGCUUAA